CCACUGUAUAAAGUAACUCCGUUCAUUAACUUGUAGCCCAACGUAAAAACUCCAUUUCUGGUCUCGUACACUGCUCUACUGAUUCGUUUGUUUUUGGCCAAUCGCAGACUCAUCUCUCCACCAUGUCCGUUCAGCGAGCAAUCCAGAUUCAGGGUCCUAAGGUGGCCACAGUGGUCACUGACGCUCCUAUUCCUCCCCUCCGACCAGAUUACAUCCAAGUCAAGACUGUGGCGAUAGCUCUUAACCCAACUGAUUGGAAGCACAUUGACUUUCGUGCUGACAAAGGAGCUAUCAACGGUUGCGACUACGCCGGUAUCGUGGAGGCAAUCGGGCCGAAUGUUCACCACGGGCUCAAAGUCGGAGAUCGCGUCGCUGGAUUCGUGCACGGCAGCAACGAGUCCAAUCAUGCGGAUGGCGCGUUCGCUGAGCACAUUAUUGUGAAAUCGCAACUGUCUACCAAAAUCCCGGACAGUCUUUCCUUCGAAGCAGCAUCAACAUUAGGGUGUGGACUCACAACUGUUGCACAAGCUUUGUACCAGUCGCUCGAGUUGCCAUGGCCAACAAAUCCUACCAAGAACCGAUUCCCCAUCCUCAUCUACGGAGGCAGCACAGCGACCGGUACCUUGGCUAUACAAUUUGCAAAGCUCUCAGGUUUGACUGUCAUCGCUACAUCCUCGCCUCAUAAUUUCGACCUUCUCAAACGUUAUGGUGCAGACCAUGUCUUCGACUACAAAUCUCCAACCGUUGGCCAAGAUAUCCGAAAACUCACAAACGACAACCUCAAACAUGUUCUCGACUGUAUUGCUUUCGACUCCACAGCCGCCAUAUGCGCCGAAGCUAUAAGCUCCAAGGGUGGAAAGUACAGUUCUCUGUUGAGCAUCGCCAAGUUUCCACGAGAUGAUGUGGUUAACGCUGCUACUCUCGCAUAUACCGGCUUUGGAGAGUCAUUUACGAAGAGUGGUAAAGAUUUUCCAGCGCUACCAGACCACCUAGCUGUUCAGGAGAGGUUUUGGAAAAUGGUUGGGGAAUUGUUGGCCCAGGAAAAGUUUCAACCUCAUCCGCAUGUUGUGCGAGACGGUGGGCUAGAGGGUGUUUUACAAGGUCUUGACGACAUGAGAAAGGACGCUGUCAGUGGUGUGAAGCUGGUGUACCGUGUUUGA